AUGGCGGCGCGGCGCAUCUCCAAGUCGUCGUCGGUGGGCGAGGAGCUCGACGAGAUCGAGUUCGAGGUCUGCAGCGCCGCCGUCGUCGCGGACCUCCCGAGCGCCCUGCCGGCGAAGCAGCCGUCGUCGCUGCGGCGCGCGCCGCCGGCGCUCGAGACGCGGGACCUCGUCGCCGCGGAGACGAACGAGAUCAGCUCGCCGCGCGCGGCGCCGUCGCCGACGGCGCGGCGCCGGAGCCCGCAGCUCGCGGCCGCGCCCGCGGCCCGGCGGCCGCCGUCGCCGCCGCGGCCGCCCGGCGCGCCGCCGACGAACGCCGGGCACAAGAUCUUCGGCGCGCUCUCCGGCGACGCGGCGCUGACCGUCUUCCUGCGCUGCUUCUCCGCGCGCGACUGGCGGUCGCUCGGCAACUUUGGGCUGAGCGCGUUCGGGUUCCGGAGCUUCACGUCCUUCGCCGUGGGCAUGCGCGAGCGCCUCGAGCUCUGCCAGGAGAUGGAGCGCAACAUCCGGAGCCGCGCGGCCCGCGAGGGCCACGCGUCGAGCCCCCUACUCGAGCUCGUCGAGCCCGAGCGCGCGCCGGGGCACGCGCGCGGCUGGCUCACGAUCGUCGGCGAGGUGCCCGAGGACAAGCUCAUCAAGUGCGUCGCCCUCGUCAUCGCGCGCAUCAUCUCCGCGGCGAGGGACGCGACGGAGGCGGCGGCGCCCAUCCUAUCGAAGACGGCGGACGCCGUGCGCCAGCGCCUCUUCUGCGAGCCGCUGACGGCGCCCGUGCCGGGCGAGCCCUGGCCGCGCGAGCCCGCGAGCCCGACGUCCACCGUCGCCGACGACGACGGCGGCGGCGACGACCCGGGCGACGACGACGACGGCCGGGGGCUCGCGGUGCUCGAGGCGCGCCACUCGAUGCCCGCGGACGAGCUCCGGGCGACGGGCGCCGAGGGCCAGUUCCAGAGCGGCACCUGGGCCGGCGACCGCCGCAACUUCAAGCUGCUCUACACGCUCAUCCGCAAGAACCUGGAGGUGCUCUCGUACACGACGCGCGUGACGUCGCACGGCCUCAUGCUCGCCGUCGUCAUCCUCGACCGCUUCCUGUCGAAGAUGCGGGGCACCAUCGAGCUCGACCUGAGCAACGUGCGGCCCCUGCUCGCCGCGGCGAUGAUUUUGGCGGUCAAGGUGCUGCGCGACAACCGCGCGAACGUCAACGGCGAGCUCGCGGCGACGUGCGCGGGCGUGCUCGGCGUCAGCGCCAAG